CAGCAGAAGAGCAGAGAGAGAGGUAGAGAGAGAGAGACAGCAGAGAUGAGCGCUCAACUGACUUUCUCUCCAGCGCGAGAGGAGGAGCGCAGUCCCGAGACAACGGCGAGCACCGGGAGUAGUCGCGCGCAGCAGCUUCGGAAGAGAGCCAUGUCACUACUGUUGCCACGUUCUUUGGGAGAACUGCAACUACACCGAAUCCUCCAAAAGGCUAAUCUGCUUUGCUACUACGAAGCCUUCAUCCAGCAGGGCGGCGAUGAUGUGCAACAACUCUGUGAGGCUGGAGAGGAAGAAUUCCUCGAGAUUAUGGCCCUCGUCGGAAUGGCAACCAAACCCCUCCAUGUACGACGACUACAGAAAGCUCUUCGCGAUUGGGUCACCAACCCUUCCCUCUUCAACCAACCAUUGACGUCACUCCCUGUUUGCAGUAUACCAGUGUACAAGCUUCCUGAAGGCUCACCAGGGGUUCACAAUAACGGGCAACAGAACCAGCUCAUGGUUCCCAGGGCGUUAUUACCCACAAGUCCCAGUCCAGGAAGACUGGAUCUAAGCAGGGAUGGGACGCCUGGGUGUUCGCCAUUACAGGGGGCUAAUGAGAGUCGUUUCUGGGGUAGCGAAAGCGAGCAUAGCUUAUCGCCAUCAGGAGCCUGUUCUCCUUGUUCUUCUCAAGAUGCGCUCGAUAGUCUCGAUUUGGCCGCCGUCAAGUGCGUAACAGAAUGUGUGGAGAGAAUCGCCCAAACAUUGCCCAAGAGCGACCCCACGGAAAUCAGAGAACAAGUCCGUGCCAAUAAGAGACUAGGCAAGAUGAUCGGGCACAUCUGCGAGAUGAACAAAGACGACCCGCAGAAGGAGGUGGAGAUUCGGAAGUACAGCGCCAUCUACGGCCGGUUUGAUUCGAAGAGGAGAGACGGACGGCAACUUACUAUGCACGAGCUAACAGUGAACGAGGCGUCUGCUCAGCUGUGCAUGAAAGAUUUAUCACUGCUGACCCGAAGAGAUGAACUCUUCUCAUUGGCCAGGCAAAUUUCACGCGAGGUCACCUACAAAUACUCCCGCAGGAGCAGCAGGUCGCACUGCGGCGAUGAGGAUGAGCCAUCUCCCAAGAGAAUCAAAUCUGAAGAUGGUGUCUAUGAUCUACAGGAGGCCCUACACGUUCUUCAUACACGGCAGGAGACCGUAAGAGAACAGCUUGCAGUCGCCAAAUCUAAAGGAGAAGAGACAAUCAGACACAGUCUACAGGUGCAGCUGGACUCUCUGUUGGCCAAGCAGGUGGAACUCUUGCGGGAUGCUGCAGUGCAGGAGAGACUGAAGUCCUUGGACUGGCAGAUUCCAACUGCAGCUCUGAAAUACCUUGCUCCCACCUCUCGGCAUUGCAAUAGCAGCCUUGCACAUGUCUCUGGCGAAAGACCCCUAAACUUGCGUCUGACUGAUGUUCCGCUGGGCAGGCAGCUGGCCAAUGAGCUGAAACGACAUCACAAACAAACCACAGAGGAACGACAUCAUAAUCAACAGACCUCAGAGGAGAAAAAGGCAGGGACAACAGAAAAUGGGGCCUCUCACAAGGAGACCUGCCUUUUGAACAAGAAGACGAUCAAAUCUGAGCCAGAGGACUCCAGAUAACAUCUUUAAUCUCUUAAUAAAACCAGUUAAUUAUUCAAAAUAACAUUUUUGUUUCUCAGUGGAUAUCUAGUACUGAAACAGUGUGGCCUUAUGAACUGUAAAUGCCUAGAGAUCAAUUUAUUUUGAUUUUAUUUUUAAGAAUUAUUUUUAAUUUCAUAUGUCAUGCAGUCAGCAUACACGUAGAAAUGGUCUGAGAACAUAUUUGUUACUGUGCAUCAUUUUGUACAUAGUCUGUGUCGUUUUUUGAUUGCAUGUCUUUUUUGAUUCAUGUCACUAUUUUUAUUUAAUAGCUAUUUGUUAGUCAACAGAAGCACAACAAAAAUGUUAUAGAAAACGGUUCUGUAGUCCUUAGAUUUGUUGCAAAUUUAAGGAGGUAUCAUUCCCCAUAAGUAGUCAAAUGAUGACAUUCAUCUGUUCGUAUUGGUUUGUCAAUUACGAUAAACUUUUGUGUACGUCAUAUAGUCUAAUACUGAAUAUGUAGAUUUAGCUUUGCCUUGAAAACACGUUUUGUUGCGUCAAUUUAGGUGUUAAGACAAAAGUGUAUUGUGUAAUUGUACAUUGUGUUACCAUCAACUCUAGCCUUAUUCUCAACAUAAAAAGUGUAGAUUGUAUCUUGCUGUCGUAAAUCGUUAACUGAUUUGUUGUGACGUGAUUUCCCAGACAAAAGUUCGUAAAUGUUUUUUUUUUACCAGAUAUGUUAGUUAGCUAGUCUCUUGUGUGAUAUUACAACUACUUGUGUCUUUUUUAACUCACGUUUGUCAUGUGUACCAUGUUUUUGUGAAAUCAUGUCUUUGUGAAAUCGUCCUACAAAUAAAACCAAACU